AUGGCGCUCUCUAAAGAUGAUCCCAACCACAAAGAAUCUGUGAUAGAAACAUCUCCGGCCGAAAAAUUGUCUGGAUUUGAGUGGUGGAGAAGGUCUGUGUCAUAUAGAACCGGAUUGGGCAUGACAGAUGAUGAACAGAGACAGUAUGAGCACGAUUAUACUGCUAAAAAUUUGCCGUCAAUGUGCACGUCUUGUGUGGAAGGGAGAGAUUGGAUGUUGCAGUACUCCCCUACCGUGAUAUUUUUGAUGGACCAUAUCAAACAACUAGGUGGGAACUUAAAUAAGUUGAAUAUCAACUGUGAUGUCUGCGACGACACUAAAGGUGGAGGAUUCCAUCCAGAAAUGGGGAUUCUUUUAUGUUCCAACUGGAUAAGAAAUAAAUGGCAAUUGGAAGAUAUCUUGUCGCAUGAAUUGGUACAUGCUUACGACCACUUGAAGUUUAAAGUAGACUUGACCAAUUUGAAGCACCAUGCUUGCACGGAGAUUAGAGCUUCCAUGUUGAGUGGAGAAUGUAGAAUAUUUAAUGAGAUUAAGAAAACUGGAUUGGGAAGCUUCGGUAAGAAGUUUCAAACAUGCGUAAAAAGAAGAGCUAUAUUGUCUGUACAAGCUAACCCAGUAUGCUCAGGACCUGAAGAAGCGACCAAAGUUGUCGAGACUGUGUGGCAGUCAUGUUUCAAUGAUACGAGGCCAUUUGAGCAGGUCUACAGGUGA